AUGGUUCCUCUAGGAAUCCCAUGGAAACGAAGGUUAGAAACCUUAGCUGUUAUUCAUUUCGUUUUUUGUUGGAUAUUACUACCUAUCUUAUCUACAUGGCUACCAUUGUACAUAUUAUUUUGUUCUCCAUUAUGGUGGACCAUGAUUGUCUAUGCCGUGUGGACAUACUUCGACUGGGCAGCUCCUCGAAACGGAUCUAGAGGAUGGAACUGGUACAAGAACAAUGUCAUCUGGAAACACUUUGCUGAUUAUUUCCCGCUGAAGCUUGUGAAAACUGCUGAACUACCAGCUGAUCGUAACUACAUCAUCGGAUCUCAUCCUCACGGAGUCCUAUCAGUUGGAGCUUUCGUUAGCAUGUUGACGAAUGCCACUGGAUUUUCUGAGAAGUUUCCCGGUCUUCAAUCCACCAUUCUAACUUUGAAUGGCCAGUUUUAUUUCCCAUUCCGACGAGACAUUGGCAUUGCUCUAGGUGGUGUGGAGUCAAGUAAAGAAUCCCUCCGUUACUUGCUAGAGAACCCUGGAAAAGGUAGAGCUGUGGCUAUAGUGAUUGGAGGAGCAACAGAAGCUCUCGAUACACGUCCUGGUAGUCACGUUGUCAAUUUACUAUGUCGGCGAGGUUUUUGUCGAUUCGCGCUCAUGUACGGAGCAGAUUUAGUGCCUUUGUAUAAUUUUGGAGAGACUGAUAUUUACGAUACAUUAGAUAACAGCAAAGGAACCCGUCUAAGAGAAAUACAGCAAAAAAUAAAAACUAUUUGUGGUUUUUGUCCUCCACUUUUCAGUGGACGGGGAAUCUUCAAUUAUAGUUUUGGAAUUUUACCGCACAGAAGACCAAUAACUUCUGUUUUAGGAGCUCCGAUAAGAGUUGAGAAGAAUCUGAAUCCGACUGAUGCAGAAGUUGAUGCACUGCAUUCGAAAUACUGCUCUGCUCUUAUCAAGCUUUUUGAAGACCACAAACAUUUGCACAACAUUCCCAAAGGCUUGUGUCUAACCAUUUACUGA